UCGUCAAAUAAUAAUGGCUCGCAUUGUGUAAGGAAGGUUUUUUCCGAAUUAACACACAAAGCAUCUUUGCUUGGCUUUGCUUUGGAUUAUUUAAACAAUUAGCCUUUGGCCUUCUGUCUUGUCUUAAAUUUUCUAUUCCUCUGCUUCUGCUCAUCCUUCUAUCUAUCCUAACCCUAAAACCCCAAAAGGAAAAAUAUCAUUUUGAUCUGAAUCAUGGAUGAAGAGUAUGAUGUGAUUGUUUUGGGCACUGGUCUCAAAGAAUGCAUCCUCAGUGGUCUUCUCUCCGUUGACGGCCUCAAGGUCCUGCAUAUGGACAGGAAUGACUACUACGGGGGAGAGUCUGCGUCGCUGAACCUCAUUCAGCUCUGGAAGAGGUUCAGGGGAAACGAUAAGCCUCCAGCACAUCUGGGCUCAAGCAGGGAUUAUAAUGUUGACAUGAUUCCUAAGUUUAUGAUGGCAAAUGGCAAUCUUGUACGUGUCCUCAUUCACACAGAUGUUACCAAGUAUCUGUACUUCAAAGCAGUGGAUGGCGGCUACGUCUUCAACAAGGGAAAGGUCCACAAGGUGCCCGCAACUGAUAUGGAGGCACUCAAAUCUCCUCUCAUGGGUCUUUUUGAAAAGCGCCGUGCUCGCAAGUUUUUCAUAUAUGUCCAGAACUACGAAGACAGUGAUCCUAAAACCCAUGAGGGAAUGGACUUGACUAGAGUGACUACCAGAGAACUGAUUGCAAAAUAUGGUCUUGAUGACAAUACCAUAGACUUCAUCGGUCAUGCAUUGGCACUACAUAGAGAUGAUCGCUACCUAAAUGAACCUGCACUGGAUACUGUUAAAAGGAUGAAGCUAUAUGCGGAGUCCCUUGCCCGUUUUCAAGGAGGAUCACCAUAUAUUUACCCUCUGUAUGGUUUAGGAGAGCUCCCACAGGCAUUUGCACGGCUUAGUGCUGUUUAUGGAGGCACAUACAUGUUGAAUAAACCUGAGUGCAAGGUAGAGUUCAACGAGGAAGGCAAAGUUGCUGGUGUCACAUCAGAAGGGGAAACUGCUAAGUGCAAGAAAGUUGUUUGUGAUCCUUCCUACUUACCCAACAAGGCUAGGAAGGUUGGUAGGGUUGCAAGGGCAAUUGCCAUUAUGAGCCACCCAAUACCAAGCACCGAUGAAUCUCAUUCAGUGCAGGUUAUCCUGCCACAGAAGCAGCUGGGUCGCAGAUCAGACAUGUACCUUUUCUGCUGUUCUUAUACCCACAAUGUUGCUCCAAAGGGAAAAUUCAUUGCAUUUGUAUCAACCGAGGCAGAGACUGAUCAUCCUGAAUCUGAAUUGAAACCUGGAAUUGACCUCCUAGGUCCUGUUGAUGAGAUAUUCUUCGAUAUUUAUGACAGAUAUGAACCAGUCAAUGAACCUUCUUUGGACAAUUGCUUUAUUUCGACAAGCUAUGAUGCCACAACACACUUUGAGUCAACUGUUACAGAUGUUCUGAACAUGUAUACCAUGAUAACUGGAAAGGUAAGAUUGCACUCUCUGGUGUUGGAGUAUUUGUGGUAUAAAACUACUCUUUGUAGAAUCUCUACCAUCUUGGGCUUGUGAUUUUAAUAGCUGCGAUUCUGUUAUGCACACAAUUGUGAUGUUAAUCAAUUGAACUCGUAAAAAGAGCUGCAUGAUUGACUUCUAAGAAAACUAUUCACUGUUGAAUUCUCUCUCUUGCUGGUAUAUGUUUUUGCCAAUGUGCAUGCCAUUGAUUGUUUGGCUGGAUUAUGUCAAGGGGAACAUCUAAUUAAAGUUUGUCCUUGACCUUUGGAGGAGGCACAAAACUGGGGGUUUGUAUUUAAAUUCUAUUCAAAUUUUAAGAUUGAACUGGGGCAAUAUUUGAACCAGAUCCUAACUAAGCAUCAAAGGUGAUCAGUUCUUGUGCAUAUCAUUUAAAGUUAAUCGUUUAUAGUGUUUUUCUUGUUGCUUGUCAUUUUAUUCUCGCUGGAAUCCACGUUGUAAUUAAUUCCACCUUUGAUGUUGCAGGUUGUUGACCUCAGUGUGGAUUUAAGUGCUGCCAGUGCUGCGGAGGAAUGAGGAAAGCUGCAUUUGCAUGCCACCGAUAACGUGCUUUGUUCCAAGUUGCUUUGAACAUCACAAAUUUCUCUUGGGAUUUGGCUCGUAAGAGUGGGCAUCAGACUCAUCUAAUUAGUCUGUCGUGGUCUUGGGUUUAUCAUUCCUUGUCUUAAACUAUACACCAUGUGACCUCCGAUAAAGAUAUUUAUGUUGUUUUAAAUGCUG